CACGUGUUACCGCGUUUGCAACAAGUAUAGUGCCCGAUGGGUCGUACUAAUUGAGCUUGCACCUGCGAGGAGCGGAAUGUUGAAAAUAGUUGUUUACGUUGAACGUGCAGCAAUCGUGAAUUUUAUCGAGAGUUUUGCAGUGUUUCAUUGAUAGUUGUAAUGCGGGCUGCCGCGUGAAAUUAAUGAAUAUAAGUUUUGAACCUGGUGUAAGAAUGGUGUCCUAAUCGUGAUCCUUUAGUUGAACCGAACGUUUAAGUUAACACUUAAAGGACAUGGUAUUUAUAGCGAGUACAUAUAAGUUUCGCUAUGGUUGAAAUCUGUGUAGAAAGUGAUUUUGUAAUUUAUAGCCUACGUAGCCUUGCCUUCUUAAUACAGGCUUGAUUGGAAUUGUCAGAAGGAUGUACCCAGAUAGUGAUCUCUUAAUACAGGAAGACGUAUCCCCAGAUCAAUUUCCAGCAGGGAAUUGUAUUUCAUUGCCAUGUGUGUCAUUGCUCUUAAACUGGUUAUUUAAAAUCCACGAGUCAGAAAGGAAUGCUCUAAAGCGGUUGCCAGCAAUCUAACCACACAAUCAAAUAUUGCAAUUGUAAAUAACCAACAUAAUCAGCAGUCAACAUUUAUCAAAACAGGUAUUUGCAGAGCAAUUAUACAAACGUCGAUCGAAGUGAUGAAUGCUUGAUUGAUCUUUGACGAUUUCAAGUGCCUGGAAAUUCUGAAAGAAUGGUAGCUGCACAUCAAGAAGCUGUUAUGAGAAGAUACAGGUUUUUUAGCAUCCAAGAGAGCGUUAAAGUACAAACAGAGAUCUACAUCCAUCUAAAGUAUAACAAUUAAUGACGAGCCGGAAAUUACAGCGAACAGGCAUCAAGCACAUUGCUAGACAACUACUGGAAACGGAUGAGACGUGUUCCGCUGACCUCUGAACCAGCUGGACAUUGAGCUAUUGUAAACAUAUUAUAGAACACAGCUACGUUCCACCAUGUGGCCAAACUGACCAAAAGUAGUUGCUAGCGAACGUGCACGUUUUAGCAGAACAGUUUUCAGCAUAAACUGGCUUCAUCGUACGUUCGAGAGAUCAUUUGAAUGCUUUCUAUGCACUGCUCCAAUCACAAGAAUUGGGUUUCCCAGGAAGUAUGAGCACUUCGUUAAAGAACAUGCCAUACGAGUUGCUUGAAAUUUUGACAACGGACAACGAGAGCACACUUUCCGAUGGAGUUGAAAGUUUGACUGAAAUGUAUGGGCCGAAGCGUGAUCCACUAUACGUGGUAAUACCGAUCACCAUCAUCUACCUACUGAUUUUCAUCACCGGUGUAGUCGGCAACAUUAGCACAUGCAUCGUGAUUGCGCGCAAUCGCUCGAUGCACACCGCCACUAACUAUUAUUUGUUCAGUUUGGCCGUAUCGGACUUUCUGCUGCUGGUGUCAGGAGUGCCGCAGGAAAUAUACUUCAUCUGGAGCAAGUACCCGUACGUGUUUGGCGAAACGUUCUGUGUGUUGCGUGGCAUUGCCGCAGAAAUGUCUGCUAAUGCCACCGUGCUAACAAUCACCGCGUUUACAAUCGAGCGCUAUUUUGCUAUCUGUCACCCAUUUCUUUCACACACCAUGUCGAAGCUCAGCCGGGCGGUGCGUUUCAUCUGUGUGAUUUGGUUGAUUGCGAUCGUUUCGGCUAUACCGCAAGCGUUACAGUUUGGCGUCACCAACCAAGGUGGAAUCGACCAAUGUGUGGUGAAACGCAUCAUAAUUCAGCACUCUUUUGAACUCUCUACAUUCUUGUUCUUCUUUGCUCCGAUGACGAUGAUCACCAUACUGUAUGCGUUGAUUGGGUUGAAGCUGCGCACCUCCACGCUGAUGCAGCGCGAUGGCACUUUGCAGCGACGAACCCAGCCCAGCCCACGCCAAUCGUUUGCCAAUAGUCAAGGCAGUCGUCGUGUCCUGAAAAUGCUCGUCGCUGUGGUUGUGGCUUUUUUUAUUUGCUGGGCACCGUUCCACGCACAGCGGCUCGUUUAUAUUUACGGAGUUAAUACGAAUCAUCAGCCCUCCGACCCCUUAAUACUGAAACUGUUCAUCAUAACAACCUACAUAUCCGGCAUUCUAUACUAUCUAUCAACGUGUAUAAACCCUCUACUGUAUAACAUUAUGAGCAACAAAUUCCGACAAGCAUUCAAGAAUAUGCUGACUGUAAGAUCUGCCAGAAAACCUCCGUGGCAGACAUCCUACGGAGCCAGCCCACCCCACGGCUCAACCUGGACUGGUUGAGUAUAUUUGAAUGUGGCAUUAGGACCGACAAUAACAUCGCCUCGAUACCCCUCACAGGCCGCUGGUAUUUGAUGGAAUGUGCCUUUGACACCAGAACUGACCAAAGGAAGAUACGCGAAAGAACUCUUGAGUUAGGCCAAGCCCUCUCUCAACUAUGCCAACAACAACAACCGAUCGAGAAGAAUGAUUGCGGCGUCUGCAUGAGACCCGUUAGAACCUGAAAAACUACUGGCGACUGAAGAUUUGUUUUCCAACCACGUUACAGGAGAUUGGAAAAUUCAAAAAGGAAGUUCGCUACUCGAGCCGAUUGUACCGUUAUACACAAUGUUCUAGCUGGGUGGUGAUCUAAAGCCUGAAGUAUUCUUCGACGCAUAGCUGAAACGAUCAAAGACUACAUAUGUUAUCGCUGGUACAAACAGCAGAGCGACAUCAGCAGCAUAGAUGCUGAUGACUAAAUUUACCGUCAUCUCUGGAUAAGGUUGCUAGUGCUAACAGACAUUUGAAGAGCAAUGAUAGAGUGAUGUCUCUUCAAGAUAGGCUUACUGUUUUGAUGCAACAUCAGAACAGCAGAAAGAUCUUGAGAAAAAGUGUAUACGAUAAAAAUAUAUAAACAACGAUAGUUGUGUAGAAUAGUGAAAUAGUUGCAAGGGUUGUUGGCAGGUUUCCCAAAAUUAUUGUAAUCGGUUAUAGAAAUAGUCGACAAAGUACGGCUUGCAAGCCGCAUGCAGCUCUUUGACUCUUGGAUUAUGUCACUUAUUAACAAGUAAGAUAGUUAGAUGUCUAUAAAAUGAUUCUUUUUUGAGUCACUGAAACACAUGAAUUUCCAAGCUGUUAAGCAGUUUACAAAAUCCAAAAAUAUCUGUAAUCGGAUUUGCCUGAAAGUAAUUAUUCUAGAUUUUAUAAAACAUUUCUUAAGAUUCUCAGGCCAAUUAGCCUACGACAUUUCAUGCAAAAUCUCUCGGAUAUUCAUUUAGUUCAUUUUUCGUCGGCAGAAUCGAGUCAAUGAACUUCAAAAUAGUGUCGUAUAUCUCGAACGGCUAGUCACAUUGGACGCAUUUUCUGACAAACAGCUCAAGCUGAUGGACACACGUAAAUUAAACCAUUCCAAGAAAUUAAGCCGCUGUCUAUGUUCUUAAAUUGCCUUUAGCACAAGUUCGAUAACACUCUAAUCUGCUAAAUUUUCCUCACUUUCAACAAAAAUAUGAAAGCCAUCAAUUUAAAAAAUCAAUUUGCUCACAUUUACAUCACCCGUCAGUGAAACAAGAACAAAAGGUCGACAUAGCCCUGUUUGACUUGAUCGGCAAACACGAAACCAAAUAUACUGUUGUUUUUUGUAAGCAGCUAACUUUUGAUAGGCUAAUUGUGAACCAGUAGAAUAGACAGAAAAGGCUUAAAAAGUUACCUGAUUCAUUCAAUGUUAACGAAAAUCGUAAAUUGAUGGAUUCCUUGAAUUUUAACAACUGUUUAUGUAUAAAAAAACCCUUAGUACUAGUUUAUUGGUACUCUCUGUUUAGAAUAAUAAUGUUGAGCCUUUACAAAACUGCUUGCAGGCUAUUUGGAGAGUUUUGUGUAAGUAGUGUAAGUAGAAUAAGUAAAAGAUGAAUUGUAAAAGUACUUGAUUUCAGUAGCAAUAAAGACAUUGAAGCAAAACGA